GCCGACACCGCAGUGCCCAUGCCGGUGUAACAACCGGAUGUGGACGUGGCAAUACAACCGCUAUGCUUCCGGUAUACGUAUCCGCGAACGGCGAGAGCAAGGAAGGGAAUUAACGGAGACAUCUCUCCGGGGCAAGAGAGACCCGAGACAUAACACUGGAAAGUAUCCAGACGGCUACGGGCAACCAAAACCGAGCCAGGACGGGGUACAAACGCCUACUGGGUCCGCUCAUCACGACUCCGAACUCAGUUUCAGGUUUAGGGAUGAACUGAGAAUGAGCGUCAACCAGCAACCGCACAUGGCCUCUCCGUACGGACAGCCUCCUCCUGGGUACCAGGGAUAUCCCCAGCCUGGCUACGGGGGACAGCAUGUGGCAGGGGGCUACCCGACCCAGUAUGCGCCUUACAAUGGUCCCGCCUCCGCCUACCAGCAAGGAGCUCCGCCCUCAGGAUGCUCUCCUUAUUCAAGCUUUCCCUCUAAGGCUCUUGUUGCAAAUUUAACCGCUGACCUGUCCUCUGCUCCUCCUCUCAACUUAGGUUCAGUCCAAGCACCCCCUGUUUCCAGGGCUCCCCCUGUGUCAGCCCCCCAGGCCUACAGUCAGUACGGGCAGGGAGAUGUGCAGAACGGCCCCCCCUCCGCAACCAACCAGCCACAGAGGCCACCAGUGUCUCAGCCUUACACCCCAGCUCCGAUGGCCACUGCCGUUACCCCGGCAACGUACCCUCAGCAGUACGGCGCUCCGCCCACAAGCACACAACAACUGACCAAUCAGAUGAUGGGCAUGCAAAUUGAGUCCACCGCACCUUCCCCAGCUGGAACCGGAUACGCUCCGCCUCCCACCUCCGCUGCCUUCUCCUCGUCUGCCCCGCCUACUUUCGCCCCUCAAUCCGCCCCGCCCCCCUCCUCACAGCCCCCGCCCAGUGCCAUGACGGCUCCGCCCUUCUAUGGCGGCCCGCCACCCCCGCCGGGCUCGCAGCAUUCGUUUGCCCCCGCGGCGCCGGGGCCCCCUCCUUCGUCGUCACAGCCCCCGUUCUCCAAAGCCCCGCCUCCCGCCUCUCAGCCCUCCUACCCCGGGCCCCCUCCCCCGUCCCAACCCCCUUACGGCGGGCCACCCCUGACAGCCCCUCAGGGCCAGUACCGCACCGCUGCCCCGCCCCUCCAGCCUCCCGUCUCCCAGCCCUCCGCGUUCCACUCCGCCCCUCCCCCCGUUGCCGGGUUUCCACCACCAGGGGGCGCCGUACCCGGGAUGCCGGGGGCGCAGGGACCCCCUCCCCCUCCCCAGUCCGCUUCGGGACCCCCUGUGUCCCAGUACAGCCACGUCUCCCAAGGGCUGCCCUCCGGCCCUACGGGAAUGCAGGGACCCCCCCCACGACAGCCAGGGCUCCAGGGCUACCAGCCACAGCAGAACGGUGCUUUUGGGCAGACCGGGGGGCCCCAGCCUGGCUAUGCAGGACCCCACCCCAGCCAGCAGGGUUACGGGGGCCAGCCCAUGGCCCCCGCCCCGGCUCCACCGGCCCCGAAACGGCUGGACCCUGACUCCAUCCCGAGCCCGCAGUCGUCCGAAAUGCCACCUGUGCAAAGGACGCGGCAUAGAAUAGACCCAGACGCUAUUCCUAGCCCAAUCCAGGUGAUUGAGGAUGACAAGGCCAGCAAGGGCAAUGAACCUUUCAUCACAGGGGUCAGGGGUCAGGCCCCACCGCUUGUCACCACCACUUGUCAGGUCAGAGAUCAAGGGAACGCCAGCCCCCGCUUCGUCCGCUGCACCGCCUACAGCGUGCCCUGCACCUCCGACAUGGCCAAGCAGUCCCAGGUGCCCCUGGCCGCCGUCAUCAAGCCGCUGGCCGCGCUCCCCCCGGACGAGGCCCUGCCCGACCCGGUCGACCACGGCGAAGGCGGUCCAAUCCGCUGCAACCGCUGCAAGGCCUACAUGUGCCCCUACAUGCAGUUCAUCGAGGGGGGGCGGCGGUUCCAGUGCGGAUUCUGCUCCUGCGUGACAGAAGUGCCUCCCCACUACUUCCAGCACCUGGAUCACACAGGGAAGCGUGUGGACUGCUACCACCGGCCAGAGCUCUCCAGGGGCAGCUAUGAGUUCCUGGCCACUGUGGAGUACUGCAAGAACAACAGACCGCCUCAGCCUCCAGCCUUCAUCUUCAUGAUUGACGUGUCAUACAACGCGGUCAAGACCGGCGUGGUCAGCCUGGUCUGUCAGGAGCUCAAGACGCUGCUCGACUGCCUGCCCAGGGAGGAGGAAGACGAGGAGUCGCCCGUCAGGGUGGGCUUCGUCACCUACAGCAAGGUGCUGCACUUCUACAACGUGAAGGGCUCCCUGGCGCAGCCGCAGAUGCUGGUGGUCUCCGACGUGGCCGACGCCUUCGUCCCCCUGCUGGACGGCUUCCUGGUCGGCGUGGCCGAGUCCCGGCCUGUCAUCGAGAGCCUGCUGGACCAGAUCCCAGAGAUGUUUGCCGACACGCGGGAGACUGAAACCUUGUACGGGCCGGUCAUUCAGGCCGGUUUGGAGGCCCUGAAGGCUGCAGAAUGCGCGGGCAAGCUCUUCAUCUUCCACUCCUCCCUGCCCAUCGCCGAGGCUCCUGGGAAACUCAAGAACCGCGACGACAAGAAGCUGGUGGGCACGGACAAAGAGAAGUCCCUGUUCCAGCCCCAGGUGGGUUUCUAUGGCAACCUGGCCAAAGAGUGCGUGGCGCAGGGCUGCUGCGUGGACCUCUUCCUCUUCCCCAUCCAGUACGCCGACGUGGCCACGCUCGGCGCGGUCCCCGCCUCCACCGGCGGCUCCGUCUACAAAUACACGCACUUCCAGGCACAGACGGACAGUGAGCGGUUCCUGAACGACCUCCGGCGGGACGUGAAGAAGAACAUGGUCUUCGACGCGGUGCUGAGGGUGCGGACCAGCACCGGUAUCCGGGCAACAGACUUCUUUGGCUCCUUCUACAUGAGUAACACCACGGACGUGGAGCUGGCGGGUCUGGACUGUGACAAGACGGUGACGGUCGAGUUCAAACACGACGACAAGCUGAGCGAGGAGACGGGCGCGCUCAUGCAGUGCGCCGUGCUGUACACCAGCUGCAGCGGGCGGAGGCGUCUGCGCGUGCACAACCUGUCCGUCAACUGCUGCUCCCAGCUGGCCGACCUCUACCGCAACUGCGAGACCGACACCAUCAUCAACUUCCUGGCCAAGUCCGCCUAUCGCAGCGUGCUGAGCAGCCCCAUUUCAGCGGUGAGGGACGGCCUGAUCAACCAGUGCGCUCAGAUCCUGGCCUGCUACCGCAAGAACUGCGCCAGCCCCUCCUCCGCAGGACAGCUGAUCCUCCCCGAGUGCAUGAAGCUGCUCCCGGUCUACCUGAACUGCGUCCUGAAGACGGACGUGCUGCAGCCCCGGGCCGAGGCCUCCCUGGACGACCGCGCCUUCCUGCGCCAGCUGGUCGGCUGCGUGGACGUGGCCGAGAGCCACGCCCUCUUCUACCCCCGCCUGCUGCCCCUGCAAAAGCUGGACGUCGAAAGCGAGGCGUUGCCGGUGGCGAUCCGGGCCUCUGAGGAGCGUCUCUCGAAGGGCGGGGUCUACCUGCUGGAGAACGGCCUCCACCUCUUCCUGUGGGUGGGGGCCGCCGCGCCCCCGGAGCUGCUCCAGGACAUCUUCGGCGCGCCCGCCUUCGGCCAGAUCGACCCCUCGAUGACGUCGUUGCCGAUUUUAGAUAAUCCUUUCUCGAAGAGAUUGCGAGACGUCAUCGAGUCUUUUCGAGAGCAGCGGUCGCGAUACAUGAAGCUGAUGGUGGUGAAACAGGAGGACAGGAUGGAGGCGGUCUUCAAGCAGUUCCUGGUGGAGGACAAGAGCAGCAACGGCGGGGCGUCCUACGUGGACUUCCUGUGUCACAUGCACAAGGAGAUCCGGCAGCUGCUGAGCUAGGAUACGACCCCCGCCACCCCGCCACCGCGCCAAAACCCCAGCUCACUUCCCCUCGCCCCCAGCCCACAACCAACCACAGACUGGCCUGUCCUUGGGACUCAAUGUGAAUGACCUCUUCCAGUCCCCUGAAUGACCUCUUUCCCCUCCCCCCUUCUCUGCUUCUCAUUUCCCAUCCCUCUGAAGGACAGAAAGAUGGAGCUCUCCUGAAUGGACAGAUAUCUUUACCCUGCCAGGAUCCCCAUCCGGUUUCUUUUGGGUUGUUUUUUUUUUUUUUCUCUCCGCUCUGUGAAGCCAGGCAUCAGUCUCAAACAAUCCAAACGCCUGCUGUAUGUAGCCGUGUAAGUGUGUAUGUACUGCGUGCGUGCGUUCGCGUGUGCUUGAAAGUGUACGCGUGAACGUCGCACUCUGUGGUGGUGCUGUAGUCCACUGUUCACAAAUCCAGGUUGAGAGUAUCCCCGUUCUGUUCCUGACUACAAAAGGAGCAGGUCGAGGGUCAUUGGUGGAGAAGGGAGCACGGGGAAAAGUGGUUAAGGUUGGGCAAGUAUAUAAGCAGCACGUGUUGGAGGAGACAGAAUUCUGAUACUUAUUGUAACCAGUGUUCUUUCAAAAACACUAGCACUGGAUGAAUGAACGAAUGAACAAACGGAUGAACGAGUGAAUGAAUGAAUGAGUAAAUUUAUGAAUGAUUGAACCUCCCUUCCCUCUAUCCAACCCCAUGUCUAAGACACUGGUAUCCUUGAUUGGAAGUGCUUGAAUUUUUGUACAAAUGGUGAAAAAUGACUUUAGACCUAACAAAUAUUAAAAGUGAUAAACCAAAAAA